ACAAACAGUAUAACUCUGGACAUACAUGAAUGUCAACUGCAGCUUAACUGAUUGGCAGAAACAUACAACCUGCGAGGCAGCAAAACUAGUUUAUAUCCUCAAAUUUUAAAUAUGGCAGUCAUUUCCAUUCCGUUUUUUGUAAGCUUUACCACUAAAGGCAAUCUGACUUCACACAGUCUGAAUAAAUCUUUUGUGAUUUACUGGAUAAACUACCCUUCAAUAUAAUUAAAUGAGAACUGAUUUCCCUGUACUCCAUCAGUUUGGUAUUGCAUGUCCUUUGAGUUGGGGUACUCAGAAAAGAGAUUGGAGUGUGUUAAAAACAAAAACGUAAUAAAAAUUGAAGCGGCAGAGGCCAAGAUAUCCUGACUUUUAAUCCCUCUUAUCCUAAGUAUCUCUAAAACCUCUGGGUCCUGUACUUCCCAUAAUACACUGCAAUAAUGUAUUUUAUUAGACCACUCCUACCUGCUAAAAGCCAAUUUCUUUCAAACCCCACAUCUCCUGUUUGUAAAGCAGGCUUUCUGUUCAAAUUGGAAGUCCUGAGCCCCAGCUAAGAUCACCCUGAUGACCUGCUGGAACACAUGAACCAAUUAGAGAGCCGCUACUGCUUUCACAUGGUGAACUAUAACGCUUGUGAUGACAAAACUGGACUGUGUGUAAAAUUGGUGGAGUGUCCCUUUCAGUGCUGUUUAGGAAACCCUUGGUAAAGCCAAUCGAAAAAGCUUCUGAGCUUUCAGAUGAAUCAUCACCCUUUCUGUUUUCUUUUCUUCUGCCCAGUUCAAACAUCAGUUCUUGUGUAACUGCACUCCGGUUUGUCCGUUGAAACACUUCUCUCGCCCUUCAGUCUGCGGCGCCCUUCCCUCUGCCCCUGUGAUAUUUGUGAGAAGAGAAGAGCUCCACUCUGUCCUGAGCUAAACUUAGCCCUGACAGUACCACUCCUCAUCACAACAUACUCCGCAGACCACACUGGGUUACAAUGGAUGGUGUCCAGUUACCGCAGAUGCUGCUGUAUCUCACCGGUGACACUGACAAAACAAGGUAACACUCAUGAUGGAGGAGGAAAGAAAAGAAAACCAGAGGGAACAGCUGGAUACUUCAACACGACAAGAGAACUCACAGGAGAUGAGUCAAAAUGAGUCUGCCCUGCCUGCACCAGUACCCAAAAGUGAGCCCACGCAGUCCUUCUCCUCUCUGUUACCAAAGGCUCUCUCAGCUGUACUACAUCCAACCCCAGGCCUCAAAUCCGACUCCCAGCCGAGCAGAAACCCAGCGAAACACGCUUCGACGAACCUGGAGCAACUGCAGACAGAGCUGAGAGACCUGAGGGAUCAGUUUGAACAGAUGAAAAGUCAGCACAACAAAGAGAUUAAACUGCUGAUGAAUGAGCUAGAUGAGGAGAAAAGGAUUCGCUUGACUUUACAGAUGGAGAUUCAGCGUAUGAAGAAGCACAUGUCUAAAUGAGUGGACUCAUCCUGAUUUGACAAGAAAGGUCCCAUUGUACACUUAUCUGAGUCAUCCUUGCUCCUUUUUGAAGAAAAAUUAUCUUAUUUUUUUAGAAAAACAUUUUUCUUAGGUGGUAAUUUCAUUCACUUUUUUGUUGGACUGCUGAAAGGCCAAGAGGAGUGAAUGUUUUUGCCGAGUCGUUGCAGUAAGUGUAAAGAUGAGGCACAGUGGGAGCCGACCUGAGAUGUGAAAGAAGAACUGCCUCUUGAUCCAGUGUCACAUCAAGAGGAAUAUCUGCUGGCCGUCCUCUCCAGAAAUGAGCAGUUACACGUUCAACUGUCUUGAGGUUUUCCAUGAAGAAGAAAAACACUCCUCUGUUUCCCUGUUGCAACCCUGAUUUUGAGUGACAGCUGGGUGCAGGCCUGAAUAUUGUGUCGAAGAUCAUCACUGUUAAAUUGGUUUUCAGUUAUUUUUCCUUUAUGCGGCCUUGCAGGACACAUGACACAGUGACAGGCAGAGAGGAGGAUGGGAAACGACAGCUAGCAGUUAGUCUGCAGAGCUGAGGGCUGAGCUAUCAUUUGCUUAUUAUGAUGUGAUGUAGAGGCACAAACAUGAAGCUUCUUUCAUAUUUUAGGUGCAUAUAUUUUUCACCCAGUGUAAUAGUUUGACUUUUUAUUAUAUAAACAGUUGACCAAGCUGUCAGUUAAUUUAUUGGUUGCUGAUGUGUGGGAGCAUUAUGAUGUCAUUAAAGAUGCUGGAGCCAUUGCUGA